AAGACCUUCAGACACUUGUUGGCUGCAGAACAAACCCAGUCUGGAGGGAAACGAGGGAAAAGCAGAAUGUAGCAAAGCAGCAGAGAGACGGGGAGAGAUUCAGGCUGAAAGUGGAGCUGAACGUGCAGGAAUCUGCUUAGUUUGUGCUUUUAUUUUUAUGGAUUCCUUCCUGGCUCGGUGCCGGCCGGUCGCCAGUUAGAGGUUUUUGUCCAGAGCUGGGAUUUACUGGAGCUCACAGCUGAUCUCCAUCCACCAAACCAAGCAGCUCCUCGCUUUCUUCACUCCUCUGCUGGUGCAGAAAUGUCUCCACGACUCCAAACCUUCCUGCUCUGCUUCCUGCUGCUUUACGUCUCAGCUCUGGUGGACGGUUUGGGUGGAGGUCAGGAGGAGGAAGAGUGUGCAGAACUGAACAACACCACGUGGACGGAGUACCGGCAGCACCGAUCCAAGCUGCAGGUCCAGUACCUGCUGCUGACCAGGACAAGCCUGGACUGUGCUCAAAGGUUCAGCCAGGAGUCUCUCAGCAAACACAACUCCCACUUCAACGUCUCCAGGCCCACCAAGGUCAUCGUCCACGGAUACCGGGCUCUGGGCAGUAAGCCGUCCUGGGUGAAGGAACUGGGCCGGGCUCUGCUCAGGGCUCAGGACGUCAACGUUCUGGUGGUGGACUGGAUCUACGGAGCUUCGUUCGCCUACAACCUGGUGGUGGAGAACUACAAGGAGGUGGCUCUGCAGAUCUCCGUCCUCAUCAACCAGCUGCAGAAACACGGCUGUAAACUGGAGUCGUUCCACUUCAUCGGCGUCAGUCUGGGAGCUCAUGUUGCUGGUUUUGUUGGGACUCUGUUUGAAGGGAAGAUCGGACGAAUCACAGGCCUCGACCCUGCUGGUCCCAUGUUUAAAGGAUCCGACACCUUCGACCGGCUGGAUCCGUCCGACGCUCAGUUUGUCGACGCCAUCCACACCGACUCCGACUACUUUGGGAUCUCCAUCCCCGUGGGUCACGUGGACUUUUUCCUGAACGGAGGGAAGGACCAGACCGGAUGUGCUCGAUCCAGGUUCCCCUCCAUUCUUGUGUACUUUCCAGUGUACGGCUACGUGAUCUGCGACCACAUGAGGGCGCUGCACGUCUACAUGAGCGCCCUGAACGGAUCCUGUCCGCUGGUCGGGAUCCCAUGUUCCACCUACGAGGACUUCCUGGAUGGAGACUGUGUCCACUGUGAUGUCUUCAAAGGAACGUGUCCAGUUAUAGGUUUAUCUAAAAACAGUGGAAUAGCCGAAACAUCUCCGAUCCCUAAAGAACAGAAAGUUUUCCUCCUCACGACGUCUUCACCUCCGUUCUGUGCUCAUCACAUCCUGCUGCAGCUGGAAGUUUCUCCUCUGGAUAAAAGUGCUGAAGUUGAAGUGACGCUGAUGACAGAGAACCUGGGAACCGAACAGAGACUCAGACUUCGGACGGAUACGACGGUCUACAGGACGGUGUUGGCUCAUCCUCUAGCUCUGUGUGAGAUCAGCUCCAUCAGCCUGAAGAACACCGGAGCUCGGUUCUACCGACAGGCAGAGAUCCACGUCCGAUCGGUCUGCGUCUCCGAGUUCCCGUCCAUCAGACGUGAGGAUCCGUUGUGUGUGAAUAACUUCAUUGUCCGGCGAGGAUCUCCGUGGUCACAUGACUUUGUUCAGGUUUGUGGCUUCUACUGAAGAUCUGCUCUGAAGAAACUGGAAUAAAAACUGCAUCUACAGCGAAGUCGCCACAUUUUCACCACAUUCUUUAACAUUAAGAAAAAAUAAUCAGUUAAAAGUCAGUCAGCCAAAGAAUCACAUCAAUAACAGCUAAUUUCUCUAAUUCUCACCGACCCUAAACAAACCAAGCUAGUCGGAUAAUCAGCUGAUUUUACCACAUCGCGACUGAAACCACUAGAAAAACCUUGAUUUUUAUUUGUUGUCUAGUUUUGUGUAAUUUAAGUUUUAGCUCUGAGAUCAUUAAUAUAAUAAAACGUGUCUGUUGUGAUCUGUUUUACUCUCAA